AAAAAAAGAAAGAAAAUAAGACAAAGCCUAUUUAAUUUUUGUUUUUAGUUAAAACGGACUGUCUUCUAUUGAUAACAUCUGUACACCGAAGCUGGGAAACACACCUUUUCAGGUGGGCACCUGAGAGCAGAUGAACAAACAGUGUGUCUGCAUAUAAAACCAAUAGUUAACAUUGUUCCGUCCACAUAUUAAGAGAUAUUUGAAGUUUGAAAAAGUAGCCUAACUUAAGCCGUGUAGCCUCGCAUGUAGGCGUCGUGACUACACAAUGGUCGAGCUUCUACCUUAUUGUGAAGGUCGGAGGUAUACACAGACCGGAAGCUCAGAUGUUAACAUCUGGACGAGACACUGUCGUUUAGAACCUUGCCUGUUUGUCUGCAUCCUACAGCCGCGCCCCUUUGUGUUGCCUGAGCCCAACUGCUCCAAGAAGUGUUGACUUGAUCCUGUUCUGACUUGUUGGAAGGAGAAAUAACAACCCACGAGUUGUUGGAGUUAAAUCAGAGAGUAAAAGUGUUUUUUCUGUUCCUGCACUCGCGACGACAAAGUGAAAGUGAAAGUACACUGAAGGUACGACGGCGGCUGCGGAGCAUACCUGUGAUUAUUCUGCUGCUCUGCAAUGGGUUGCUUUUAUUUCCUGGCCUCGUUCUUAUUUACCUCCUGCCUCGUUCUAGGUGCUGAAUCGCCUACAAAAUAUGUCCUCAAGGGGACGGGGGAGAGCUUGAAGCCGACCUUUUCUGGACAACCAAAUUCAAUUCUGUGGAAACAUAACGGAAACAAAGUGGUGGAGUUUGACAGCAGAGAGGAACAGGUGUACGGAGCGUACAAAAACAGGAUCACUCUCGACUGGGCCACAGCAGAGCUCGAAAUCACCGGCCUGAAGUUUGAAGACAGAGGACUCUAUGAAGUGGAAGUCGACAUCAACAACAUGUUACAUCUGUCAGAAUUCAAACUGGAGGUCAUAGACAAGGUUGCCAUGCCGACCAUAUCUUGUGAGUUAAACAAAGACGGUGGCUCCGAUGUUUCUGAGGUCCGGGCGACGCUGCUGUGCUCUGCAGACCCCACCCCACCUGAGUCCAUGAUGAAGUUUGAGUGGAGAGCACGGGGAAAAUCACAACCGGGACACAAGUUUAAUAUUUCUCUGGGAGACGAACGAGAUAACGAAGAAUACAGAUGUUCAGUCAGCAACCCUGUGAGCAGUGAGACGGCGACAUUCACAGCAAAGGAUUGUUAUCACGAUAAUUCAUCUGUAGCUGUGGCUGUCAGUCUGACUGUCGUUGGUUUAAUCGUACUCAUGUUGAUCAUCAUCUUCUGCAAAAAGAGACAAAAAGCAUGUUUUGCUAAAGGACAACAGGAUGAUGAGGAGAAACAGACUGAAGGCUCAGAUAAGAAGAAGGCUCAGGGAGGUGAAACCAGUCCUCUUCUUACUGAAACGCCUCUGUCUGAUCAGCGACUCAAUGUGAGCUACUCUCCAGAACCUGUUGUAGAUACGAAGCCACCAGAAGGUAACGUCAAUGAGAAGAAAGAAUUCUUUGAAAAAAAGGCUAAAGAAGCUCAACAGACUAAAAACAUAACAGAAACUUUAUCUCCUCCUACCUCUCCGUUUGGGAACUUAAUCUCUCCAAGUCUUCAUGCUGACUUCGACAGAGGUGAUACAGAUGCAGAUGUGAUGAAUCUCUCUGGAGAGGAAAAGAUCUCACAGCCUGAGCACUCAAACUCUGAGGAGACAAAAGAACCAGAGUGUGUUGGUUUGUCUGAUGAAUCUGAACAGCCAGGCUCAGAUAAGAAGAAGGCUCAGGGAGGUGAAACCAGGCCUCUUCUUGGUCAGCGACUCAAUAAUACUAUGAACCCCAAUCACCCUGAUAGCAUGGUCAAAGAAGACACUGAAUUACUCUUGGAAAAAGCAGCAGCCAGCUCUCACCAGAACCAGGCUCCAGCGGCAGCCAGCUCCCACCAGGACCAGGCUCCAACGGCAGCCAGCUCCCACCAGAACCAGGCUCCAGCAGCAGCCAGCUCCCACCAGAACCAGGCUCCAGCAGCAGCCAGCUCUCACCAGAACCAGGCUCCAACAGCAGCCAGCUCCAGCAGCAGCCAGCUCCCACCAGACCAGGCUCCAGCGGCAGCCAGCUCCCACCAGGACCAGGCUCCAGCAGCAGCCAGCUCCCACCAGGACCAGGCUCCAACGGCAGCCAGCUCCCACCAGGACCAGGCUCCAACGGCAGCCAGCUCCCACCAGGACCAGGCUCCAACGGCAGCCAGCUCCCACCAGGACCAGGCUCCAACGGCAGCCAGCUCCCACCAGGACCAGGCUCCAACGGCAGCCAGCUCCCACCAGGACCAGGCUCAAACGGCAGCCAGCUCCCACCAGGACCAGGCUCAAACGGCAGCCAGCUCCCACCAGGACCAGGCUCAAACGGCAGCCAGCUCCCACCAGGACCAGGCUCCAACGGCAGCCAGCUCCCACCAGGACCAGGCUCAAACGGCAGCCAGCUCCCACCAGGACCAGGCUCCAACGGCAGCCAGCUCCCACCAGGACCAGGCUCAAACCAGCCAGCUCCCACCAGGACCAGGCUCAAACGGCAGCCAGCUCCCACCAGGACCAGGCUCAAACGGCAGCCAGCUCCCACCAGGACCAGGCUCAAACGGCAGCCAGCUCCCACCAGGACCAGGCUCAAACAGCAGCCAGCUUCCACCAGGACCAGGCUCAAACAGCAGCCAGCUCCCACAGCAGCCAACUCUGCACACUCCGACCAAGCUGUCAAGGCAUCUAAUCUGGCCCGUGGACCUCUCUGGGCCUGAAAAGAACCGCUUGCCAGAGACUGAAACGCGGGACCAGCCGGCAGAGUUCAAUCGAACACAUCUCACA